UUCAACUUCAUUAUUGUUCUACACAAGUGACUUGUUCAGUGAGUUUCAGCUGUGCGGGUCACACGGGAGACAGCUGUUGUCUGAGGGUGUCACAUUAAUAGUCGUUGCUGAUUAAACACAAUGAACAAAUACAGGAAGCAGAUGGCGGAGCAGUUCCUGAGUCAGGCCCUGGGUAUCAUCUGCUUGUUGACCGGAGAGGAAUAUGCCAUUGUGAAGAAGAGACCCUCCCACAGCAGCAUUCAAAAGAUGAGAGGAGAGGUGCCUAUAAAGUGUGAUGAUGUUGCCGUGUAUUUCUCUAUGGAGGAGUGGGAUUAUAUAGACGGACACAAGGAGCUUUACAAGGACGUCAUGAUGGAGACUCACCAAGCACUAAGGACUAUGGAGAUCCCAGGAAACGAGAGCACAGAAUCAACAGGUCACAGUGAUGAAGAUCUGAACACAGCAGCAAUUAGAGAACAGAAUCUUCAGGCAGUAAAGACCCCAUUAGAGAUCUCUGCAGGUGAUAUUAAUGCUGAUGUAGCUGAUCAGACAGAUCUGAGAGUCACGUGUCAGCUAGAGCAGCAAAUGUGUGACAGCGACAGUGCAGGUGAUAUUAAUGCUGAUGUAGCCGAUCAGACAGAUCUGAGAGUAACGUGUCAAUCUCCGGAACAGCAAAUGUGUGACAGCGACAGUGCAGAUGAAAAUGAUGCUAAGAUUUUAUGCAACAUGGAACAAACAGAAGACCAGUGGGUAAUAAAUUUGCCAGAACAGGAAAUAUGUGACAAUAUUAAUAUAGGUGAUUUCAAGACUGAAGUGACACUUAAUGCUGAACAAACAAAUGAUCUGUAUUUAACGAGUCACCUAGAAGCUGUGAAGCAGGAAAUCGGUGACAAUAUAAGUACAGAUGAAGAUAUCGCUGAUAUAGUGAAAGUUGAGAUAACAGAAGAUCUGUGUGUGAGGGGUCAGCUGGGAGCAUCGGAUGAGGAAUCCAGUGACAGUAUCAGCCUAGGUGAUGUUAAGACUGGAGUCACACUUAAUGCCAAACAAACAACUGAUCUGUCUGUAGAGAGUCAUCGGUUAGCUGUGAAGCAGGAAAUCAGUGAAAAUAUCAGUACCGGUGAAUUCAUAAGCUCUAAUAAUCCUAGUCGUGGUCAGUGUACAGAUACUUCUUUCAAUCUUCUUCAAAAUCAAGGAAGCCACGUAGGAAACGUGUGUUCUGAAUGUGGGAAAUGUUUUACAAGGAAAUCACAAUUUAUUAGCCAUCUGAAAGUUCAUACAGGAGAAAAAACAUUUUCAUGUUCUUACUGUGGGAAAUUUUUUACCUGGAAAUCGUCUCUUAUUGAUCAUCUGAAAAUUCAUACAGGAGAGAAAGCAUUUUCAUGUUCUUAUUGUGGGAAAUGCUUUACUUUGAAAGGACAUCUUAUUAGGCAUCAGAAAAUUCAUACAGGGGAGAAAGGAUUUUCGUGUUCUGAAUGUGGGAAAUGUUUUACUCAGAAAACUACCCUUAAUAAUCACCAGAAAACUCAUACUGGAGAGAAAGCAUAUUUAUGUUCUGACUGUGGGAAAUCAUUUACUCAGAAAUCAACUCUUCUUAGUCAUCAGAAAAUACAUACAGGAGAGAAGCCAUUUUCUUGUUCUGAAUGUGGUAAAUGUUUUACUUGGAAACCGCAACUUACUAGUCAUCAGAAAAUUCAUAUGAAAAAAAAUCAGGGAAAUCAGAACUUAACCUUUUAAGUUUAGAGGGUGACACAUAGUCGUCAUCCACACAAUGUCAAUAGUGCUGAUGAUGACUACAUGCCAUCCUCUGGGUGGACACGCUUUUCAAGGCCCUCUCUGGACUUCAAGCAGUUAUGAGAUGUCCCAACAUGUUUGUCAUCCCUGUGGGCCUUAUAUGGAUUUGAAUAGACAAUUGAUCAUGUGGCCUAAAUAAAAUGUGCAUUUAUUUGAGUAGAAGUUCAUGGCAAGAAGCCCCUAUGUGCAGAUAAGUUUUAUAUAAAUAUACUCAAAGGCCCCUGCUGUAGGAUAGUUUAGGGCAUUAUUAAGAGUUGGUUUAAUGCUUAGUAAUGUACGGGAGAUGCAGAGAUUACUUAGUGUGCCGCCAUCUCACUCGAGCACCGAUUCUGCUUCCUCUCAUAUUUAUGUUUAUGCAAUUUGUAUAUAUACAUCCAAGUUUUGUAUGUUUUGAUUUAAUACACUAUAAUUUUCAUUCUUAUAAUUGAUAUUAAUAAAUAUAACAUACUUUUGAUCUUC